GAUUUUGCUGGAAUCUCUCAGCGCUAUACCUAAAAUGGCGCCCGGCGCGCUCAUCUCGGGCACCAUAGAGAUGAGGCGGGGCGCGGCGGCUAGAGCGGCUCCGCUGGCACUUUUCUCGCGUACUUUACACACGGCCCGGCUCGGCCUCACUGGUAGCGUGCGGAGGGCGCUGUGAGCACACGGCCAUGGCGGGGGAGGGUGAGCCCGGCUCGGAGAAGACCUUUAAGCUUCUAGGAAUCCUUGAUGUCCAAAAUAUUCCCUGUGCACGAGAGUCAAUACUCUAUGGGUCACUGGGUUCUCUAGUCGUGGGCCUUGGACAUUUUAUAGCAACCAGUAGAGUUAAAAGAUCUUUUGACUUUGGAAUGGGAGGCUUUGUUUUGACAACCUUAGGAUGCUGGAUAUAUUGCAGAUACAAUCAUGCAAAACUAAGGAUCCAGCAAAGAAUUAUUCAAGAAGGGAUGAGAAACAAGAUCUUAUAUGAAAGUAGUGUGUUUGAUCCAGAAAGAAAACAAAACAGCAAUCCAGGAAGCAAUUCUUAGCUUAUCACAGAGCAACCCAAUAGUCAAAUACAACCUGUGGCAUCUUAAAAUGGAAGUGCAAAGGUACACUCUGCCUGUAAGUGUGGGAUGAGAACAAAAUUGAUAACCCACACAAUAUUUUUCCUGCUGGACUCAAACAAACUACUCAGUCUGUUUAAAAAAAGGCCCUAACAAAUGUGUGUACAUUUAUAUACAAAUCAGUGAUGGCCUUCCAGUUCUGGCCCAUUGUGUUUGAAAAUGAUUCAUUUAAUUGCUGAGGAUUAAUAACAAUGUUUCAGAAUUGUUUAGAACAAUGCUGUGUAGCUUUUCUAAAAUGACUAGCGGUUUUGGCAUUAUUUUACAAUAAGAUUAAUCCAGGCUAUAAUAAUUUUCCCAUAUCUAAACAAGACCUUUAUAAAUUAUUUAAAAUUAAAUGAAGUUUAUAUCUCUGUGCUGUUUCAUGUUCUUUAAUGUGAAAAAUUAUUCCUAGUAAUUAUUAUAAUAAAAAGAAUAUUAAUCUGGUUGACUGACUGAAACAAAAUGAAUAAUGUAAAUAUUCCUCUUAUCUCUGUGAAACAUACAGAAUAAUGGGCAACUUUUACUAGUGGUGUUGGCUUUAAGACCGUUAAUAGACACUUUUAAAUUGAGGAUAAAGAUGGGAUGUUCUUUAAACUAAAAAUGAAAUAAUUUACUAAUAAGUCUUCAAGAGGGCUAUUUGCUACUCUUUUUUGUACCUUUAUGUUUGGGAUACUUUAUCUCAUAAGUCCCAGUCUUCCAAUUAGAGCACUUCUUUGCCAUAGCCUGUACUAUUUACAGUUUAAUAACUGGAUAGAGAGGUACUUGCUUGCCUUGAUUAGUUACUGGGUCAAUAGUUUAUUUUGAAAUGUGUACAAUAUAUUGUAAAAUUGGUGUUUUGAAACUGUACCCUCAACUUAUCAUUUCUGUAUGUCAUAAAUUUAAUUUAUUUU